UGUUGCAAGAAGAAGAUGGCGGCCCGUGGUGGUUUUCAGUCAGCGGCAUCUGGAGGUGGCGGUGGUGGAAUGGGUCCAGGGCCUCCGGUAACCGGUGGAGGACCAGGCAUGGGACCUGGAACACCAUCUGGAAGAAUGGGACCUUCGGCAGGCGCACAGAAUCAUCUUUACCGUUCCCCGAUGCCGGGGCCUGGAUACCCGAGACCUGGGAUGCCCCCCACCAGCCGUAUGACCCCUCAGGGCCCCUCCAUGGGCCCCCCAGGCUAUGGGGCCAGCCCGGUGUCCCGCCCAGGCAUGCCGGUCAUGGACCCCUCACGCAAGAGACCUGCUCCUACUCAGAUCCAGCAAGUCCAGCAACAGAACCGCAACCAACAUGCCAAGAAGAAGAAGAUGGCAGAUAAAAUUCUACCUCAGAGAAUCAGAGAGCUGGUCCCAGAAUCUCAGGCUUACAUGGACCUUCUGGCCUUUGAGAGAAAACUGGACCAGACCAUUAUGCGCAAGAGACUUGACAUUCAGGAAGCUCUGAAGAGACCUAUCAAGCAAAAGAGAAAGCUGCGUAUUUUUAUCUCUAACACCUUUAACCCUGCUAAACCUGAUGCGGAAGAUGGCGAGGGAACUGUUGCAUCGUGGGAACUGCGUGUUGAAGGCCGCCUGCUUGAGGAUACUGCUGUGUCAAAGUAUGAGGCCACAAAGCAGAAGAGGAAGUUUUCUUCUUUCUUCAAGUCUCUAGUCAUCGAGUUGGAUAAAGAUCUGUAUGGGCCGGACAAUCAUUUGGUGGAGUGGCACAGGACCGCCACCACUCAGGAGACGGAUGGCUUCCAGGUGAAGAGACCAGGAGAUGUAGGCGUGCGCUGCACUGUCUUGCUCAUGCUUGAUUACCAGCCUCCCCAGUUUAAGCUGGACCCCCGGCUGGCCCGUAUGCUUGGCAUCCACACCCAGACGCGACCGGUCAUUAUCCAGGCCCUGUGGCAGUAUGUGAAGACACACAAGCUCCAGGACCCUCAUGAGCGGGAGUUCAUCAAUUGUGACAAGUACCUCCAGCAGAUCUUUGAGACUCAACGAAUGAAGUUCUCGGAGAUCCCGCAGCGUCUCCACGCUCUACUGAUGCCUCCAGAGCCAAUCAUUAUCAACCAUGUCAUCAGCGUGGACCCCAACGAUCAGAAGAAGACAGCCUGCUAUGACAUCGAUGUGGAGGUGGACGACACCCUCAAGACUCAGAUGAACUCCUUCCUAUUGUCCACUGCCAGUCAGCAGGAAAUAGCUGGCCUGGACAAUAAGAUCCACGAGACCAUCGAGACGAUUAAUCAGCUGAAGACACAGAGGGAGUUUAUGCUGAGCUUUGCCAGAGAUCCACAGGGCUUCAUCAAUGACUGGCUCCAGUCACAAUGCAGAGAUCUGAAGACCAUGACAGAUGUGGUGGGAAACCCCGAGGAGGAGAGGAGAGCAGAGUUCUAUUUCCAGCCAUGGGCUCAGGAGGCUGUGUGUCGUUAUUUCUACUCCAAGGUUCAACAGAGAAGACAGGAGUUGGAGCAGGCUCUGGGCAUCAGGAACACAUAAACGAGAGCGGACGUACACAAGAAUUGAAGCGCGAAGGCUGUUGGGUGGUGAAUCGUGGGCUGCCGCUGUUAGCAUGUGCUGCUACAGUUACCCAGUCACUACGAUAAAACUAGAGCGUGUCUUGUCUGCUUUACUGCUUCUACCACCAGACACAUCUCUCUUAAGCUCUGAUUCCUCCCCAACAGCCUAUGUUUACCAAGAUUUGUUUGCUACUGCUUGCAGCCAGUUUGUUUAAUCUGUCCUGUCACUUUUCUUCUGGCUGGAAUGAAAACAACUGCUUUUGUAAUACCUCAGUACUGUAGUCCUUCCCGCCUAGCAUAAGCUGAACGUCGUACAAGACUAAGUUGUUGAGUAUGCCAAGUUAACUUCAGUUCCCAAAUAACUGACAGCAGUUCUGUUUUCACUCUUUACCCCCCCCCCCCCCGCCGCCGUUAUGAAUCAGUUGUUUUUUUUCCCAUUCUAAAAGGACUCAUUUGGUGCUGUGUAGUUGUCUGGAUGUCCCAGGAAUUGACAGCCAGGUAAGAAGUGAUAUUAACACUGCAGGAGGUCACUAUUUUGAUGGGGCCAUUUUUAUCGUAAUUCUUUUCUCCAGAGGUUAGGUGUUGUCGAGGGGUAUUUUUAUGCUCUAAAAUUAUGAACCAUAUAAAGACAAGUCUAGUUAGGUAGUCGUAGAAGAAUUAAAAGGAAGUAGUUGCUUAGUACCUCAGCUUUUCAAGGCUGUAAAUAUUUCAGAGAGGAGAUUAGGGCAUAGGUUGGCAUUAAAAGAAAGCGCAUUUGAUAUCACUGGUCAGUCUUCUGGCCAGAUCACUGUCUGUGCUCAGCUCAGGUAGAUUGUUUGAUAAAACACAACUGCAGUGGCUUUUUUUCGGUUUGUUGAUUUUUUUUUUUCUUUUGCAAAUCAAACCUCUUGCAUCUGUGGCUGUGUUUUCCUCAGAUGCUAGUGUGAAGGACAGAAAACCGCAGGGUUCAACAUUGAGGUUACUACUGAUUGGUUAUAAUCUCUUAGGCUUGAGUAUUUUAAUGUGAUGAAGCCAUAGGUUGUCAAUGAUUGAAAGAAUUGAAGUGCUAAUUAGAUGUGUGGCCAUUUGCUUAAAGACAUUUAACAAUCUUGAUGGCUGUGAUCUUUUUAAACUACUUUCACAACAUGACCAACUUUACCUGUCCCUCAUCCUUCGUGAAACACCAUAUGCUCUAAUAGUUUCUUUUAGAUUUAUCCGUUGAUAAAUAAUAUCCUGGAGACCUUAUCCAGCUUUGUAAUUUUUGUCUUUUCUUUUACGGACCAAACCUGUUAUAUU